GGGUGGGUCAAACAAAGAAAAAUUGGAUCAGCAAUCGCGGUUAGCAUCUUCUCCCUGACAAUAGCAGAAAAGAGAUACACUGCGUCGAUAUAUUUCUCAUCGCAAUGGACAUUCAAGAUGUCUCUCACGACGCGCAGUAUGCGCACAUUCUUCUCGGCCAGAAAGCAAGACUGGAAGCAGCUAGAGCGAGGAAGGGAGAGAGACCCACUGACCGCUCUUCCCGAAAUGCGCUGGCAAGGGAUCAUAUGAUACAAUAUCAGCAGUUCAUGGCACUCAGGAAGUCAGGAUCGAAGGAUGUCCAAAUGCGGGCAUCUAUAGUGGGUGACCCGUAUCUGCCUUCCACUGCGCCAGUGAAAAACUUGAAGAAGACGAUGAUCGACAAGCUGACACUGGAAAAUCAUCAUCGUGGCUAUUACUUGCUCCUACGAUUGUUUGUUACCCCUGUCAGGUUGACGGGAAUUAUAUCACUGGCCGAAGAUGAGGCUGGCGAUGCGCUCACCUUCUCGCUGUACCAACAGGAGAACGAAGAUGUACGACCAGCCGCAGAUAUCCUAGAGAAAGAUAGUGUCUUGUUGUUGAAAGAGCCUUAUUUCAAAUGUGUUGGCGACGGUGGAUAUGGACUUCGAGUUGAUCAUCCUACAGAUAUCGUAUGGCUCUCCAAUGAUGAUCCACUCGUUCCAUCGGCGUGGAAAACAACCAAAAUUGAAAGUGCCAAGAACGGAGCCGAAUGGAAGCAAAAGGGCAAUGAUGAAGUAAAGGAAGGAAAAUUUAGAGAGGCAGUCAACAGCUAUACAGCGGCACUGGACGCGUCAACAACGUCUACCGAGGCCGAAAUAAUUCACAACAACCGAGCGCUUGCAUACUUGAGACUCAAGCAAUUCGAUGCAGCACUUCAAGACGCAAACUUUAUCGUUGAUCACGCUGCUAGGUCUGAAAAGGCGCUCUAUCGUGGCGCUCUUGCACUUUAUAACCUCUCUCGCUACCAAGAAGCUCUCGAACUCCUCCAAAUAUUGCUGAACAAAUACCCCGCUAGCCAGUCGGGUGCAUUUGAGCUUGCUCGGAUCAAAGCUCGACUUAGGGAGCAGAAUACAGGGCUGUACAAUUUCAAGAAGAUGUAUAAAGCUGCCAAAUUACGACCACCUCUCAUCGAUUGCGCAACAUACAUCGGUGCUGUUGAGGUCCGGGAAACUCCAGGUAAAGGUCGUGGUUUGUUCACGACUCAAGGCAUCAAUGCUGGAGAUCUCUUGAUGUGCGAGAAAGCCUUCUCCUAUGCUCAUGCAGAGAAUUCAAGCAAUUCGGAUGUGCCUACAGCAGAUAUUGGAAUCUUGGUCAAUCUGGGAACAAAUCGUUUGACGAUGGGUACUCACGUGUCUCAACUUACCGAGAUUUACCAGAAGCUCGCCAACAAUUCAUCUAUGGCCUCGGAAUUCUUGGAUCUAUAUAGUGAUUCGUAUAAGCGUGCUACCGAAGUAAAAGUCGAUGGAGCUCCAGUUGUUGACAGUUUUCUCAUCGAGCGAAUUGUCUCAUUAAAUGUCUUUGGAAGCACUGUCACCUCCAAGGAUACAUUGCAAACAUCCUCCCAAGACAGUAUCUUUGGAGCUUCAGGGCUUUGGAUCAAAGCAGCCUAUAUCAAUCACACCUGCAUGAAAAAUUGCGCACGCACUUUUAUCGGCGAUAUGAUGAUUGUACGUGCAACCAAAGAUAUGCCAGCAGAUACGGAGCUCGGCUGGUGCUACGCGGAUCCCAUGAACCGGGAAAAAAUGCAGAAAUCUUUAUCAGACAGCUGGGGAUUCAAGUGUAAUUGUGCUCUCUGUCGAGACGAUGCCAAGACGCCAACGAAGGUGAAGGCCAAGAGAAAGGAGAUUCUGGCAUCACUUGCAACGAGCGAUCCUCGUGAUGCUGCAGUAAAGCUUGAGAACACCUAUAUAUCUCCCGUAAAGGACAUACCAAGAUUUGAGCUAUUCCAACUAUACUCAGCCAUGGCACAGCAUUUCAUCAAAAACAACGGCAGUGGUAAUCAGCUCAAUGCUAGUAUCUAUGCUCUCAAAGCACUCGAAGCUCUUGGUUUCGUCACUGUCGGAGUCGACAUGAAAACAUCAAAGUCACUGAGAUCAAAAACUGGACUAGUUGUAAAGCAAUGGGGUUAUGCAGCCGAAGAACUCACAUCGUGUUGGGAAAUACUCUGGUCUGUUUGGCGAGUCACUUCGCCCGAUUUAGCCGAGAAGGCCAAGGCUUAUUGGAAACUUGCGUAUAUGAUGGUACGAGCUGGUGAGAGCGAAACCUUUGACUCUUUCUAUUCAUUGGAAAAGUCGGAGGAGAGUGCGAGUGAUAAGUUGAUCGACGGACUUCGGGCAAUGAAACUUAAGAGCACGUGAAAUGCUAGACGUACGGCUCAAAGCUCAGUACAGGUCAAUAAGUAAUGACCUGCUUGCACUACGCCGAGAUAAAAUUUACAAGAGUAAGAACUUUCACACUUCCCAUAGAUGUUAUUUGCGUGUCCUGUAGCUGUCUGAUCGUCAUUACUGUACAUACUAGAUGGACUGCCGGCUGAAGGGAAUGAACAGCGAUUCAAGUAUUCGAGAGACUUGCGUAAAAGGAAUGGAAAGACUAUCAGUCCCGCAUUUCAAUAGCCUCCCCACCUCCCGUAACUCACGUCGGGAUACACAGCCAUUGUUCUACUAUAUACUGGCUCUUCAUUAUAGCGUGGUGUUGGCGAGCGACCCCUCUCAUAUCCAACAGGUCUUCGUCGCAGUCGUUCUUCCAGCCACCAGUCUGGAGGCGGAGGAGUUGGAGAGACUGGGCGUGGUGGUGGUGGUGUUCGCUUCUGUCGUUUCCGAGGUUGGAGUGCUUCUUGUGGUGGGUGGACGUAUGAUGGGGCAGGUCUCUUGGACUUUCUCUUGGGUGAGAAGAGUAGAAUUGACAAGAAGGAUUUCUGUUUGGGGGCGGCAGGCGAGUGGCUUAUGUCCAAGAUGUCUCUUUUCUCCCCUUGGUAGAUCUUAGAAGAGGUUCUCUUCUUCGAACGAGGGGUUUGGUGAUCCCUGUUCAAAUAGCCGUCUUGCCUGCGAUCAGAAGUUAAAGGUGAGGCGGGCGACCUGUGUGAUGGAGGUAUGCACUCGUGACAUUUGCAUGCUUCCGAAUCCAAACCAUCCAUCAGACACUCCUUCGGCAUCAGAGACUCCUUGAUUACAUUUUGAACCCGAAGGGUCUUUUCGUCUAGCAAUCCCCUCUCACUAAGCUCUUUGAUAUAAGCUAUGAUGAGGUUCUUAUGGGCACGAACUAAACUGCGCUUGAAUCCGUCAGCUUCUAGGUGUUUGAUAAAGCUGUGCGAUAAUUUCCAGUCGUCCUGAGAAAUCGCUCGAAACGAUUCGUCUUUCGUCUCUUCUCGAGAGAGUGCAUUCUGCUUGGCUAACAGCAAAUUUAUCGAUGGUCUCAACCUUUUUGCUUCUCCACGCAGACGACUCAACUCUUUCUCAACCCUCCCUUGUGAACCUAACGAGAGCAGAUUGAGUGUCAACGUGAUCACUGUGGUGUAAGUUGACAGCUUCAAUUGACUAUCCGAGAUUUCCUUGACCCCGGCUGUCCCAAACUGGAUACGCUGCGAAACACUUCCACUUCCAAUUUUCAGCCUGUUGUAUCCUCUAAGCACUGAUUUGAUGCGCCUGAGAUGAGCUCGGCAACUGGCAAUGUAGGUUUCAAAGUCCUUUCGACGUCCCCCUUUGUGUUUGUUGAUCAUAGACUCUGGAUCGGUAACUUCUGACCGCAGGAGCUCCAACGUUAGAUGCAAGCUCAAAAUUUCCUCCGUGAACUCAUCAUCCUCUCCAUAUGCCUUUUUUGCCGCUUUGAGUGUUGACCGGGCUAGCUUUAUCACCAUAUUAAUAUUCGAAAUUUUUACUCCACACGACAUUUUGGGCCAUAGAAUACCGAUCAACUGUAUUUAGAUUGAGGGCUGUAUGUUUGAGUAGAAAGUUGGCUCGAGACGGCCUUGAGAUACGAGAAUGAGGUGAAAAGCGAAUUCGUAGG